AUGGACCUUGUAAAAUCUAAUUACAGUAGUAGCGAUUCUGAGUACGAACUGGAAGAAAAAAGGGAGGACUUGCCAAAAUUACCUGACGAUAUCAUUUAUAGAUUUCAGAAAGAUCCUAUGCCUUCGAGAAGUAAUACUUUCCGCACAUUUGUGUUCCUGGAAGUAAGUCCUAAUAAGGCUCAAAUUCAGACGUUAAACCAUGUGAUACAGCUUGCAAAUAAAUCCGUUAAGCAUGAGGGAAACCACUUUACAUCAUUAUAUACCGGCAGGCUAAACGCUGUUCGACCUCUCCAUGUCACUCUUUCAAUGUUACAACCCCACCCUGACAAGGAGUCACAGCGGCGGUGGAUUGAGACAAUGCGAAAUAGGAUCACUCAGGACAACACCCUAAAACCUUUAAAACUAAACUUCCCCAUACGUUUAUCUAUCCUUAGAACGGCUGCUAGGGUAACUUUGAUGCUUUGCUUGCCUUUGUCGGAUGAGUUGAAGAAUACUUACAUUAAGCGCAUCUGCUCAUACCUAAGUUUACCAUCGGAUGAUGCAAUAGCGCCCUCUACAAAUGUUAUAGUCCCAGAAGAUGCUCACGUUUCAAUUGGAAAAGAUGCUAAAGAUCCAUUUUUCCUGAGAAAUGAGCUAAUUGGUGACUGCGAAGCUAUAUCUCAUAAGAUGUCAAGGUUGCAAAACUUGCUUAAUGAAGCAAGCGAUCGAUUGCUUGAGGAGGGAGUUAAAGAGUUAGAAUUUGAAUGUACGGAGAUAAAGUUACAGUUAAACUGGGGCUCCGUAGCUACUAUUCCCCUAGGCGGUAAUAAGUGA